CCUGAACCAGCACAGGAGCAGGACCUGAAGAGAGUCGAUCAGAAUCUGGAGAGAACCAGAGGAGGUCCAGAGCAGAACCAGAGGAGAACCUGAGAACACUGAGAGAACCGAGAUGAGACAAACGAUGAUGGUGCUGAUGAAGAUGCUGGUGGUGCUGACGGUGUCGAGGGCAGCAGCCAGGCCCAGCGGACAGAGGAACCACACCACCCGUCCUGAGCCGGUCUUCCCGGGGGAGACGGUCCCCCUGCAGCUGGACCACGGCUUCCCUGCUGUGGGACCCGUCCGUCCCCUGCACAUGAUCUCCAUCUCCCCGUGGACGUACAACGUGUCCUCGGAGGACGAGCUCUACCCCCAGCAGCUGUCCCAGGCGCAGUGCUCGCUGCAGGGCUGCCUGGUCGGCGGCGUGGAGGACCGCAGCCUGCAGUCCCGGCCCAUCAUGCACGAGGUGCUGGUCCUGAGGCGGGUACGGCCGUCCACCCAGUCCUCCGCCCAGGGAUCCACCCAGGGAUCCACCCAGUCCUCCGCCGAGUCCUCCACCCACUGUUCCACCCAGGGCUCCACCCAGUCCUCCACCCCGGGGUACCAGUUCCGGCUGGAGAGGCGGCUCGUGGCCGUGGGCUGCACCUGCGUGCGUCCAUCCUUCAGGGUGCAGCACUGA